CCCGGGUGCCCUGCCCCCGUCCAGGAGCCCUAGGAGUGCUACGGGGGGCCGGAGCCUGGCCCGGGCCGCUGCCCCGUCCCUGGAUUCGGGGCUGGACGCAGCAAGCAGGGCGCUGUGUCCCCAAGCUCCCCGUCCUCGGCCAGGCGGGCACCACGGCAGGGGCUGAGCUACCCUCAUGGAAGGGAGAGGACCGUACCGGAUCUACGACCCUGGGGGCAGCGUGCCCUCAGGAGAGGCAUCCGCAGCUUUUGAGCGCCUAGUGAAGGAGAAUUCCCGGCUGAAGGAAAAAAUGCAAGGGAUAAAGAUGUUAGGGGAGCUUUUGGAAGAGUCCCAGAUGGAAGCGACCAGGCUCCGGCAGAAGGCAGAGGAGCUAGUGAAGGACAACGAGCUGCUCCCACCACCUUCUCCCUCCUUAGGCUCCUUCGACCCCCUGGCUGAGCUCACAGGAAAGGACUCAAAUGUCACAGCAUCUCCCAUAGCCCCUGCAUGCCCCAGUGACAAGCCAGCACCAGUCCAGAAGCCUCCAUCCAGUGGCACCUCCUCUGAAUUUGAAGUGGUCACUCCUGAGGAGCAGAAUUCACCAGAGAGCAGCAGCCAUGCCAAUGCAAUGGCGCUGGGCCCUCUGCCCCGUGAGGACGGCAACCUGAUGCUGCACCUGCAGCGCCUGGAGACCACGCUGAGUGUGUGUGCCGAGGAGCCGGACCACGGCCAGCUGUUCACCCACCUGGGCCGCAUGGCCCUGGAGUUCAACCGACUGGCAUCCAAGGUGCACAAGAAUGAGCAGCGCACCUCCAUCCUGCAGACCCUGUGUGAGCAGCUUCGGAAGGAGAACGAGGCUCUGAAGGCCAAGUUGGAUAAGGGCCUGGAACAGCGGGAUCAGGCUGCCGAGAGGCUGCGGGAGGAAAAUUUGGAGCUCAAGAAGUUGUUGAUGAGCAAUGGCAACAAAGAGGGUGCAUCUGGGCGGCCAGGCUCACCGAAGAUGGAAGGGACAGGCAAGAAGGCAGUGGCUGGACAGCAGCAGGCUAGUGUGACGGCAGGUAAGGUCCCAGAGGUGGUGGCCUUGGGCGCAGCCGAGAAGAAGGUGAAGAUGCUGGAGCAGCAGCGCAGUGAGCUGCUGGAAGUGAACAAGCAGUGGGACCAGCAUUUCCGGUCCAUGAAGCAGCAGUAUGAGCAGAAGAUCACUGAGCUGCGUCAGAAGCUGGCUGAUUUGCAGAAGCAGGUGACUGACCUGGAGGCCGAGCGGGAGCAGAAGCAGCGUGACUUUGACCGCAAGCUCCUCCUGGCCAAGUCCAAGAUUGAAAUGGAGGAGACCGACAAGGAGCAGCUGACAGCAGAGGCCAAGGAGCUGCGCCAAAAGGUCAAGUACCUGCAGGAUCAGCUGAGCCCACUCACCCGACAGCGUGAGUACCAGGAAAAGGAGAUCCAGCGGCUCAACAAGGCCCUGGAGGAAGCACUGAGCAUCCAAACCCCACCAUCAUCUCCACCAACAGCAUUUGGGAGCCCAGAAGGAGCAGGGGCCCUCCUAAGGAAACAGGAGCUGGUCACGCAGAAUGAGUUGCUGAAACAGCAGGUGAAGAUCUUCGAGGAGGACUUCCAGAGGGAGCGCAGUGACCGUGAGCGCAUGAAUGAGGAGAAGGAAGAGCUGAAGAAGCAAGUGGAGAAGCUGCAGGCCCAGGUCACCCUGUCAAAUGCCCAGCUAAAAGCAUUCAAAGAUGAGGAGAAGGCAAGAGAAGCCCUCAGACAGCAGAAGAGGAAAGCAAAGGCCUCAGGAGAGCGUUACCAUGUGGAGCCCCACCCAGAACAUCUCUGCGGGGCCUACCCCUACGCCUACCCGCCCAUGCCAGCCAUGGUGCCACACCAUGGCUUCGAGGACUGGUCCCAGAUCCGCUACCCCCCUCCCCCCAUGGCCAUGGAGCACCCGCCCCCACUCCCCAACUCGCGCCUCUUCCAUCUGAUGGAGUUUCACUCUUUUUUGCCCAUGCUGGAGUGCAGUGAUACGAUCUCGGCUCAUUGCAACCUCUGCCUCCCAGGUUCAAGCUAUUCUCCUGCCUUAGCCUCCCAAGUAGCUGGGAUUACAGGCAUGCACCACCACGCCCGCACCAGUUUUGUCGCAGCCGGAAUACACCUGGCGUCUACCCUGUGGAGGGGUUCGAAAUCCAAAUCAGAACUCCCAAGUGAUGGACCCUCCCACAGCCAGGCCUACAGAACCAGAGUCUCCAAAAAAUGACCGUGAGGGGCCUCAGUGAGACCAGAUUGUGUCAUUUGGCUCCACGUUCAUCUUGCAGAGCCAGCUGAUCUCAGAUUGCCGAAAAACUAGAAGCCACUUGCACGGUGUGGCCAGAGCCUCAGCUGGAUGAGAGGCUGAGAUGGGUGGCCAGCUUGUACACCAGUCCCUGAACUGAGCUGUUUACAGGACUGGGGAGGCUCCACCCAGAAGGCUUUCAUUUGUACUCUGCUGGGAGUGACUGGGAAAAACUCCUUCCCUGCUGCUGAGUGGAGAGAGGCCUCAUCCGGCUUUGACCCGCCAUCCGUUGCAGAAGCCUCCAGGAGCAGCAAUCCUAAGAGUGGGAUGCAGCCAAGACCCCCUUCCUUCAAAACCUCCCGGAAGUGGUUUCAGGCCCUCUAGUUGCCAUGACCAAUUUGUGUGUGUGUUUAAUUUUUGCUUCAAGCUCUGUAGCAGGACCUGCCCCACGCACACCCCUACCCCUCUGUGAGGAGCUGUGGGAAGUGUGGGUUUGUCUCCAGAACAGAAGAGAAUGAUGGAUAUUCUGGCUCUGGGGCCCUCUCCACCACCACUCACAGUAGCCUUGCUGAAGCCAUCACAGAUGGGAGAAGGCCAUGCCAGCCACGUCCGCCGAGGGGUGCCAGCCUGAAGCUGCCAGGCCCUGAGGUUCAGACCCUGGACCCCAUAGCUGGAGGCCUGUGGUGCCAGAAGCCCAGAUUAGGGUGGCUGUCCAUCCCUGGAUAGCUAUUUGCACGAAUCAUGGACAUAAAUCCAAGUUGAAGAAGAUCAA